AUGAAUCCCUCAAAAUCAUUGGCAGGGUUACGACCUGUCUCCCGCCUAACCUCCGCAACCUCGAUCCGUCCAUUUCUGAGCGCCCGACCGUACGCCACCCAAGGCAGCACGAAUAACAAUGCCAAGCCUACAUCACGUAGGCGCUCUGUCACACCAUUCAACGAUACUGGGUUUGUGCCUUGGAGCGAGCUCUCGGUGAGCGAGAAAGCCGCCCGGGCCACCCAGCAGAGCUUCAACUUUGGCAUGGUGAUAGUUGGCAUUGUGCUCACUGGCGGUGUUGGAUACUUCCUCUGGCAUGAUGUGUUUUCUCCCGACAGCAAGACCGCACAAUUCAACCGAGCGCUAGAUAAAGUCAAAGUUGACCAUCGAUGUAUCGAACUUCUUGGGAACCCCAAAAAGAUCUCUGCGCAUGGUGAUGAGUCGUCAAACAGCUGGCGACGAGCUCGCCCAGUAACCUCUGUUGAGCGAACCGACCCAGACGGAACGCACCACCUGAUAAUGCACUUCUAUGUCAAUGGGCCGCUGAACAACGGCGUUGUUCGGCUUCACAUGGUCAAGUACCGCAAUUCGGACGAUUUUCAUUACAAGUAUCUCUUCCUGGAUGUCAAGGAGCAUGAGCGCGUGUAUCUGGAGAAGGAAGAUCCAAAUGGCGCCGGGGGACACCGCAAGCAGCUCAGCUUCUUUGGUGUGAAAUGGGGUUAA